GGUCGAAGUUCACUGUACGCUCCCAGAUAUUUGGGCUCUGAUUCUUUUUACAGUGUUAUCAGGUUGCUUACUGGGGCACCUAUAUAAAAUAUAUUGAAGCCAUAAAGUAGAUCAAUGUGUCAUUUCUUAAUUCUGAAUCUUUCUCAGUUGGCUAUAUGGGAACAACUGGAAUCACUGAAGAAGUGAACUCAAUAAGGUGAGUAGCAGGACUUUGACAACUAUUGUUCUUCCUCCCUUGGGGCCUUUUGGGGUUGACCACAUUCUUGACAAUUAGCAUAAAAGAUUCAUUGUUAGCACAAAAGACUUACUGAGUACAGAGGACUGGGAAUUCUGUAACCAAAUUUUAUUCAUGUUUAAAAGGCACUAUGCCACCAAAAAAAACCCUUCAAGGUUAAAUUUCGGGUCAAAACUUGGGCAGAACAAGACCUAGAGCAUGUCCUCUACUAGUCUUUUUUUUUUUUUAAUAAUUUUUUUUUAAACCCUUACCUUCCGUCUUGGAGUCAAUACUGUGUAUUGGCUCCAAGGCAGAAGAGUGGUAAGGGCUAGGCAAUGGGGGUCAAGUGACUUGCCCAGGGUCACACAGCUGGGAAGUGUCUGAGGCCACAUUUGAACCUAGGACCUCCCAUCUCUAGGGCUAGCUCUCAAUCCACUGAGCUACCCAGCUGCCCCCUCUACUAGUCUUUUUAUCCUCCUCCAUAGGCACUUAGAUUAGUCUUUAAAAAAUAUACCUAAGUGCUCUCCAACCAUCAUUUGCACAGUUAUCUCACUUGCCUAUGUAAAGAAAUACAUAUUUGCUGUCAAACAGACUUAAAUAGCAUGCAUUCUGUUGGAAUGAAGAAGAGUCCUAUGUUCUAUUCUACAUUCAUUCAUACACUAAAGGAUGACGAUAGUUACGUAUUCUGCAGUGUGAAAAACAGAUGAUUAAUGUCUUAAGAUGAUUUUAAUUGCUAAGAGGAGUGUGUUUAAGGUACAAGAGUGUAGUGAAGAGGCUAUGAAGAUGAAUUAGGGUGAAGCCCCUGUGAAUGAAGAGAAGACAGCCGCAAAACAUACAGAGUUAAGCCAAGACUACUGGAUCAGGAGCAAUUGGUGCCGGAACCCACCUCCUCCAGUCCAUCUCAGUCCCAUUAGCUUCGUCUCUCCUCCAUCCCUCUUUCUACCUGCCUCACAUCGCAGGCACCAUGUGAAUGAAGCCUCCGCUCCAUCGGAACACGUGCGGAGGGCCGAUUACCUCCUGUGCUACGUCACAAAGGCAAAUCGGCCUCUGAGUCGCUCAGGUCUCCUUCUCCCCGCUUUCCCCUCCAUCCCCACGCCUAAACCGGCCCCAAGGCGAACAACCCGCGAAGCCCUAGAGCUUGUCGGGAACUGAACUGACCCAACGUGAACUUUCGCCUUUUCGCCUCCUCCUCUUCGACCACUUUCUUUCCCUCCAAUCGAGUUUUUCCACAAAUGAAGAGGCAGAGAGAACGCGAAGGGCGGGACUAUGGAUGGUUCUGUCUCCGCCGAUUCGUUCUUUCUUCGUUCCAGUGAACGAGUACAGGGCUGUGGAUACCAAUCCGCUCUCUUUGUAUAUUAUGCACCCAUUUUGGAAUGCUAUAGUAAAGAUUUUCCCUACCUGGCUGGCUCCAAAUUUGAUAACCCUAUCAGGCUUUCUGUUGCUUAUAUUCAAUUUCUUACUUAUGGCCUACUUUGAUCCUGAUUUUUUUGCAUCAGCACCAGGUGGAAAGCAUGUACCUGACUGGGUUUGGAUUUUAGUGGGCAUUCUUAACUUCGUUGCUUAUACUCUAGAUGGUGUUGAUGGAAAGCAAGCUCGUAGAACUAACUCCAGUACCCCUUUAGGAGAAUUAUUUGAUCACGGACUAGAUAGUUGGUCAUGUGUUUACUUUGUAGUGACUGUAUAUUCCAUCUUUGGACGAGGAUCAACGGGUGUCAGUGUUGUUGUUUUAUAUAUCCUCUUAUGGGUAGUCUUGUUUUCUUUCAUCUUGUCCCAUUGGGAAAAGUAUAAUACAGGAAUUCUCUUCUUGCCAUGGGGAUAUGACAUUAGCCAGGUGACUAUUUCUCUUGUCUACAUAGUGACUGCGAUUGUGGGAGUUGAGGCCUGGUAUGAACCUUUCCUGUUUAAUUUCUUAUAUAGAGACCUAUUCACUGCAAUGAUUAUUGGAUGUGCAUCAUGUGUGACUCUGCCAAUGAGUUUAUAUAACUUUUUCAAAGCCUACAAAAACAACUCCUUGAAGCAUAGUUCUGUCUAUGAAACAAUGCUGCCUUUCAUUUCUCCGUGUUUGCUCUUCAUUCUGAGUACAACUUGGGUCCUCUGGUCACCAUCAGAUAUUUUAGAGACACAUCCUAGACUCUUCUACUACAUGGUUGGAACAGCUUUUGCCAACAUCACAUGCCGCCUUAUUGUGUGUCAGAUGAGCAAUACAAGAUGCCAAACUUUGAAUUUGUUGCUUAUACCACUGGCCCUUGUUGUUCUUUUGGUGCGCUUAGAAUUGCCUCUUCAUGUGGAACCCAUUCUUCUGUAUUUACUAAGCAUUAUUAUUACUUUGGCACAUAUCCAUUAUGGAAUACAAGUGGUAUACCAGUUGAGCAACCACUUUAAGAUUCUGCCCUUUUCAUUAAAAAAACCAAGCUCAGAUUGACUAGAAGUGGAAGAAGAGAAAAUUGGCCUGCAAUCUACAGAAGUACUGUAAAUAAGAUGCUUGUAAAUACUCCAACCAUCACCGUAGAACUAAACUUAUCUACUUGACAGAAAUGGAGACUAAAUGUAUGUGGUACAAGGAUGACAGGGAUGAAGCGUAUAGAAUUUGGACACGAGAAACUAUGAUUCCUGUCCAUCUCACUCCCAUUUAUCAUUAUAUAUAUAUAUAUGUACUUUGUCGGGCAGGAGAGAACUUUUUGGCUAACAUUAGACCAGCAUAAUGUUCCUAGUGAUUUCAGCUUCAUAAGUAAAUGCUUUUUUAAUUUUAAAUUAUAUUUUGGUUUUGGCUUGAUUUUAAAAUUGAAAAGCUGGUUUAGGAACAUUGACAACAUUCAUGAGAAUACAAUGUGUUUUCAUAUUCAGUGAUUCAGUUAAUGGAUAUAUCUGUGGAAGCUAUCAAUAUAUCUUAUAUCUACCUAUGCAGGGAGUGAUAAGUCACAAAAGCAAUUCACUUUCAGCAGGAGAUGCCAAAUUACCACAGAAGAAUCUAAACCAUGAGUCACUUCCAUAACUGCCAAAUACUAUCUUUCUCUUUUCCAUGGAAAUGCCUUUGUCUUCAUAUGCUGAGAGAUCUGACAUGAAUUGGGUUGUCUGAAACCCUAGAUUUCUUUAUUCUGGAAUAGAUGUUAAACAACUGGUUUUACUGUUUUUUUUUUUUAUUUUAUGUUAAAGUACUCUGUGGGAACUCAGAAAUGAAUGGGGUUUUAGGUAUAAUUUAUUAGUCUGGCUUAUUUUGAAUUUUUCCCCUCCAAUUACAAAUUAUUCAAAUGGUUUCACAGAGUGAGUUGUGAACCACAAUUGUAAGAGUACAUUUGACAUUCUUAAUCUAGAGGUACAAUUACUUCUUUUGAGGAGUGUAGAUAAAUUAUUUUUUAAGAGAAAGUCACUUUGGGACUAGACAGUAUGUAGAUUUUAAGAUAAGUGAUUUCUCUUCUGAGAUCUGUCAUGUGGUUUCCAAGCCAUUCUUGAAUUUUUUUCUUUUUUGUCAAAGGAGGGUCUGAGAGAGGAUGGCAGUGAUUAUAGUUUUUUGUUUUCCCUACUUCUCCAGGUUGGAAAAAAAGUGACACAUUUGCCUUAUUGAUAAGUGUGCGUUCUCUUUACAAUACCUUGCAGUAACUUAAAAUUUUACUUCUGAAAAUAAAAAAUUCAUUCACCUUUAUUAUAAUUGUUUUGUAGGUCACAUUGUUUCACAGAUGUGACUGUUUUUUACUUUUAUGUCCUUUAAUUUGAUCAUAUUUUAGUUUGGUGGUGGUGAGAUUUACAUGCUAAUUUUCUUUGAUUUUUCUACUGAAUGCAAUUUGUGCUUGAAUGAAGAGUGUGUCUUAAAUCCUUUAUAUGGACAGGCUGCACUUGGAGAGAAUAAGCACAACCAUGUUCAUAUGUAUUUAAACUUGAGAAACCAUUAUUUAUCAAUGAAUGUUUGACUGUAAGCUUAGUUGCAGUGUCUUCCUUUUUGAGGUUUAAAAUCUGCUACAUUGCAAAAAUGACUGUGUAAUAUUUAAUUUUUGAAAUUUGUAAAUUCUAAUCAUUGUCACACAGGCUACUUAGAAAUGUGAAGUCUGGGAACCCACUAAUGGGUACUUUAAAUUUUAAAAAAUGUUUGGAGAUCUAUGUAUAUUGAAUUUUGUGACUUCCUCUGAGUCAAAAGAAGUAGAAAAAUUGAUGCAAGAAAAUGUUGCUAUUGCAUAAAUAGCAAAAAAAAUUUGUGUAAAAAUUUUUUUUAAAAGGCUAUCAUGAGAAUUAGAGGAAGUGCCAAUUAAGUGAAAUGUAACUUCUAACUUUAUUUUAUUUUAUUUUGUUCUGUGUUAUCUGUGAAAUUGAACUGGAUAUGGCAUCAGUUUAUAUGAGCUGGGGGAAGGAGGGGAUGCCAUUUUGCAUUUACUACUUUGGUCAUUUUAUUUUGCUGACUUUGAACAGAGGAUGUGGAAAUAGAAGAUUUGACCUUGUUAACUUCAUAUAUGAGCAUUGUUGGGGAAAAUGUUAACUUGAAGUUAAACAAAAUAAUACAUUUACUACAAGAAGCAGAGUUGGUGUGUAUUUUUUUUAAUGUAAUAAUUUGGGCCAGAAUCCUCCUUCCAUUACUCAGAAUAUUUUGUAUAGAUUAAGCAGUUGAGUUCCUUUCCUUUAUCAUUUAAGAGUCACGGGACAUUUUGAAUGUUAUACUUCCGAUAGGUUAUAUACAUUCCUGUUGUACCAAGUGUGAAAAUUGUUUUCUGCAUUUACUUUAAUAGUUUCUUCUGUAGUGGUAAAGGAAUUAUUUCACAAUAAAUUUCACUGGAAUUUGUGAAGUGAAGGAAAGAAGUUACAAGGUAAAAGAGAAACUGGAGUAAUUUGAAUAGAGUGAAUUUGUACAUCUCUAAUACCAUGAUUCCUAGUUUUCUUUGCUUGUCAGACAUUCCCUCUGGCAGGAACUUCAUCUUAAAAACCCUAUUUAAUUAAGUCAACUGAAACAAUUUACCUACAAAUAGAUUCUUGUAGUUAUAUUUCAGAUCAACAAUCUGAAUACUCCCAGUGUGUAAGAGACAUUUUCAGACUUGUGGAAGAUAUUUUGGAGUGAGCCCAAACUCCCUUUCCCUGAAUUAUAAAUUAAGCUGCCUUUUGCAGAACAAUGACCAUAUAUAUUUUUAAACCCUUAUCUUAGAAUCAAUACUAUGUAUUUGUUCCGAGGGGGAAGAUUGGUAAGGGCUACACAGUGGGGAUUAAGUGACUUGCCCAGGGUCACACAGCUAGGAAGUAUUUGAGACCAGAUUUGAACCCAGGACCUGGGUUUCUGGGCCUGACUUAUGCACUGAGCCCUACCUAGCUGCCCCCAAGGUCAUAUUUUUUGCAAGUUUUCUGGAUACUUCAGAGUAGUUUUUUAGCCUAACCAGAAAUUUUUAGUGAGACAGAUUUAUUGUUUCUACUAACCAAAGUCAUGUUGACUAUUGGAAAUUUCUUUUCAGACUUAUGCUCUGACAGGGUUCCUUUUGGACUUGUGGAAAGCAGUGUUCUGGAAACAAUGUUAUCCUCUGUACUUGAAAUUUUAAUGUGUAAUUAGAGGGAGUAUAGUGGAAAGAUGAGAAAAAAUUGGAAUUACUUUCCAUCCAUACCUGCUUUGUCUCAGUAUAACACUACUGCUACUUUUUAUUUAUUAUCCUUUUAACAUAAUAGAAAAGCAAAAUGUUAAUGCUUUUUUUGUUUUCUUAUAUUGUUAAAAUUAGAGUUUUACUAAAAGAAAUAGAAGCUAGCACUAAUUUGUGGUGAGUACAAAAUAUUAAAGUCUUAGGGAUCACUGAACAGGUUUCCAAAUUAAAAAAAAUUUUUCUUUGGCAUAUAAUUAAAUUAUUUUGUGCAAUUGCUUACUUAAAUCUAUCACAUAUCUUUCUGUUGCAUUUUGAGUUACCUCCAACUUUGAUUCUUUGGAAAUUUUAGUGUUCCAUGAUUUACAGACUUAUGGUAGCCCAGGGAGAAUACUGAUGUUGAAGAGUUUGGGAUAAGUCAAAGUAUCACAUCAUUUACCAAAUACAAACCAUUCUGACCUUCCUCUUCAACUCUAGGCCCAGUGCAAUGUUUUCUUCCAGUAGAACUCUAAUGGGCUAACCCAGUGAACCACCUGUCUAACUUAAUGCCAGAAUCUGGGUAAAAUAGACUCUUUAUCAACUUGAUUUUUCCUAUAUGGAUUGAUAGGCUGAUCUCUUUGGAAAAACUGUACAGAGGAAUAUUGUAAGGAGGUCCCAUAAUAUUCUGGUGAGAAGUUAUUUAGCCAUAGCAACUAAUAAAAACUACCUUAAAUCUAAUGUUGUUUUCAAUUGACAGAAGGAAGAAUAUAAUUCUUUGCUACUUAAGUGUUGUGUGACCUCUCUGGGUCUCAUUUUCCCCUUCUGUAAAAUGAAGGGAUUAGUAGACUAGGUGAUCUCUGAAGAUAUUUUCUAGAAUUUACUUUCUUUUAGCAAGGUAUUUUAAGUUAAAGUCUGAUGUUUAGUAGAAAUGUUAAAUUACAUCUUAAAAAAACAAAACAAAAAACCAAACCCUAUCUUCUGUCUUAGAAUCAAUACAAGUAUCUGUUCCAAGAUAGAAGAGUAGCAAAGGUUAGACAAUUGAGAUUAGGUGCCCAGGUCAUAUAGCCGGGAAGUAUCUGAGGCUAUAUUUGAACUCAGGUACUCCUGCCUUUGAGCUAGGCCUGGCACUCUAUCCAUUGAGCCACCUAGCUGCCCCCCACCUCUUUUCUUUAAGUAUGUCAGCUGGUCUAAGUGAAAUAGGGGUAGGGAGGUGGUGGUAUUAUAGAAUUUAAAGUAAUGUUACCCCAAUUGGUUGGUUUAAAUUUUCUGUGAACCGUAUUUUCAAUGAAGUCAAUUUUUUUUUCUGUUAACUGUCAACAUUUGAAUUUCUAUUACCUACAAAGAGCCCUAUGCCAUCAUUUAAUAAAGUGAAAUAAAGAAGAAAUAAUAGCUAGAUAUCUCCUUAGAAGCUGAAAGAAAGAUUACCAUUGCCAUCUAUGUCUGAAAGUUCCUUUGGUUCUAAAGGAUUACUUUUCCUUAAUUAUAUAUCAGGAAUCCCACCUUGUUAUUUAAGACAGAAAUAGAGUUAAUGUAUUUUGAGGAAAACCAAAAAAAUUGCUUAGGCUUUUUGAGCCAAAGACCCUUCUAAAUAGUUUAACUGGAAGCCUAGGAAUUACUUUUUCUGUCACCUAACCUGCAGUUCCUUUUAGUGAGUCAACACCAAGGAUAGUUGAGCAUUCUACUUAUGGCAUUGCUUUGCCUCUGAGUUGGCAUUUAUGGUGUUUAGCAUAAUGUCAGUGGAGGAACUCUGAUAGGCAGGAAUUUCUGUGGGCUUUGGGUGUACAACUUGGGCAGAAGUCUUGAAACACUUGGAGAUUCUUUGAAACCAACUUUUAACUUGGUUUUGGUUCUAGGCUCUAGCAGUCUUAAGGGGAAGCUAGGUAUAGUGAAAAAAGUCCUGUUUGUGGAACCAGGAAGACCUGAGUUCAGAGGCUGACUUGCUAUAUGAUCAUUUCACCUAGGAGUCUCAGUUUCCUCAUCUGCAAAAACGGGAUACUGUAUAAAGUGUUUUGCAUAUAUAUUAAAGCACAAUAUAAAUGCUCUUAUUGUUAUUCAUAUCAUGUAGGAAAAAUUUGAAUUUAAAUAGAUUAAUCCCACCAUGAAUUGCAGUUGACUUAAAGCAUCUUCCAAUGAAUAGUUUUUCUUUAUUUCCAGACAAGAUCCUGGAAUCUACAGGAUGAUUUUUAUCUGGGUGCUGCAUUUGAUACAUUGACAGAUGCACUUAAAAUGAUGGACCCUUUUAACAGUAAAACAGUGUAGAUCAAUCUGUGUCAUACUCAACAAUUUUUUAAGAAAUUUUAACUAAAGUAUCUGAUUUCCCCUUUUAAUUGUUGUAACCAAAUUCUUUCCCUCCUACUCUAGUAUUCAGCUUUGACUUCCCUGUAGAUAAAGAAGAGGGAGGUAAAUGUAGGAGCACAUUAAAAGUAAAAUUGAACAUGUCCCUGCAUGGUUCUGUUACUUUUGCAACCAGACAUAUACAUAUAUGGUUCCAGGUAUAUAUAUUUUAACCUUUACCUUUAGAAUUUAUACACCGUGUCAGUUCCAAGGUGGAAAAGAGGUAAGAGCUAGGCAAUUGGGAUUAAGUAACUUGCCCAGGGUCACAGAGCUAGGCAGUGUCUGAGGCCAGAUUUGAACCCAGGACCUCUCAACUCCAGGCUUGGCUCUCUAGUCACUACCUAGUUGCCCCUACUGAACCAUUUUUAAUAAAACUCAAUGAGAUCUAUUUUUCAGACACAGAUUUAACCAUGCCUAUGUGCUAAUACUAAGUGAAAAUUAGGUAAUGUUAAAGUUAUUUCAGUGGUUGACUAGCAGGAAAAGAUGCUCUGUGUGCCUACACUUAGUUUCUGGACUGUGGUAGCUAAUCUGGAUGGGCAUAUUAUAUCAGGUUUUAGUUGUUAAGAAAAAAGGCUAUUCACACUAGACCUUAAAUGACCAUGAUCAUGCUUUCUUAAUUUCUUGCCAACCACUUUUAAAUAAAUAAUAAAACCUGAACAGGUUUAGUUGGUACUUGAUAUUACCAGGUUUUUAAGAGGAGAGUAUUAAUCUGACCAAUACCACAGUCUCUGUGACUUUGAAUAUUGUAACCGAAUCCACUGGCUUUUAUAAUAAUUUGGACAACAUGUCCUUCAGAGGUGGUAUUUCAUGGGACAAUGACCGUGUUCAUUUGAAAAUGUGCCAAGAAAUUGGGGUUUGGUGGUAGACCCCUAAUUCAAACCUGGGUUUUAAAGUUCUUGUAUUCACUUGUUUAGCCAAAGACUUGAAUAAUUGCCAAGAAGUAAACUCUCCCCUUCAGUUUGCAGGAACAAAGACCAAGUGCAUUAUAUGUCUAUACAAAGAAUAUUGGAUAGAUUUUGUUUUUUGUGCAGUUUUGUGUUGUGGAAUUAAAAAUGGGCCAAAAUGAUGACCAAAUAGAUUAAUCUUUCUAUAACUGAUUCAGGUACUAGGGACUUUCUGCAGCAGUCCCAAUUCAUGUCUUUUCUGCCCUUUUUACCAUGCCUGGAAAAGUACAUGCUGUGAAGAACCAAUAGGCUUGAAAUAACUGGAAUUUAUUAGAGAUGGAAAUGUAUGUUUUCUUUCUCUAAAAUAUAUAUUUUUUUAGGACAUGUUAUAUAGUUGGCAUGGCCAAGACAUAUGAUAGCCUGAGUAAAUAUUGUAGCACUAAAAAAUAUCUAGUUUUAUGUGAAAUGUGUGUAUUUAACAAUUAAAUAUAUAUGUAUAUGCAAACAAAUAUAUACACUGUAUAGAUAUAUAUGUAAUAUGUAUACGUAUAUAUAUUUGUGUACACACAUAGUCACUCUCGAUUGUUAGUAAUAAGUUUAAACCCUUAUUAGAAUUUCUCUCCUCUUGUUCAUAAUCUGCUUGUAACACUAAGAAAUCUGGAGUUGUAGUGUUUGUCACCUUUAUUUUAGUUCAUCUCAGUUGUCAUUUUUAAAAAAGUUAGAGCUCCCUGUCCAUUUUUAUCUGUGUAGGAGUGAUAGGUCAUCAAGAAAUAAGAAAGUUUUGUCAAGGCAUAGCUUGGACCUCUAUCAGAAUGCUGAUGAUAUCCAUUCUCAGUCUGAUAUAAGGAACAAAGAAGAAAUGGUCAGAGACAAGAUGGAGAUAGCUUUUUCUGAGACAAGGCUUCUCAGUGUGUCUAAAUUAUAUAGUUUGAAAUGUUGUGAAUUUUUAAAAUGCCUAACGUACCUAUAUUUGAAAAUAUAUCAAAGCCAAAUAUAAAAUGACUUUUGGAGUAUCUGUUGUUGCUCUCAAUUAGCUCAGAUAAUGGAGAAUUGACUCUAUCCAUACUCUCUGUCAUUAGAUUAUGAGAGCCUUGCCAUCGCAUCAGGAUUCUUAUUCAUUUUUGCUGCUAUGUUGGGAAUUCACAAUUUGGUAGGUUUUUAAUUCAGAACCCUUGAAUGCUAUUAAAUAUCUAUUGUAAAAGAAGUGAAGAAUAAAUUUUUGAAUCCUUUUAA